ACGUACCAGAAACCAGAUUGGUAGGAAUACCAACAACGGACAUCGAGGACCUCAAGGACUCUAUAGCAAUAAGGUGUGUCGUGAGCGCCAAUCCAAAAGCCUCGGUUCUUUGGCGGCGGGAAGGCCAGAAUCAGCCCGCGAGCCUGCAGGAACUCUUACAAUUCAGUCCGGCCAUCAGGCAGCACUCUGGACUGUACACGUGCCACGCUCGCAACAAAGCCGGAGAUUCACAGCCCAUUAGAGUGCAGGUCGAUGUUAAAUAUCCGCCUAAAAUAGUAAGCAUUGGAAGGGAGCGAGUGAAAACCGCAACGCUUUUCUCCUCGACAAAUUUCGAAUGUCUGGGCGAGGGAAAUCCCACGCCGACUUACCAAUGGAUACAGAAGAGGCCAUCCCCUUCUGACAUCACAAUUGAAAGAGGAAGAGACUCCAAAUUAUAUAUCAGUAACGUGACGUACGACUUCCAGGGGGAAUAUAGGUGUAAGGUCACGAAUAUCAUAAAAGGGGAAGAAAGAAGUGAGAUCAGCGAGCCGAUUAUUCUUCAGGUUCACGGUGCCCCUCAGGUUCUGAGGCAAUCCGUAACCCCGGAAGUGGUAGUCGAACGAGGACAACGGGCUGAUUUAAGUAUGGUGGUGUGCGCUGAUCCAAGACCUAGGUUCGUAGCCUGGGAGUGGGGUUCGCUUAGGCUGGAAGCGGGGACGGAAAUGGGUAAAUUCAAGGUCGAUGAAGUUACUCAAGAGGAAAGAGAGGACUGUUACUUAUCAACCCUGCAUAUAAAAGAUGCCUCUUCUAUGGAUUCAAGAGCUUAUUAUCUCGCAGUAGAAAACGACAGGGGGACAGACAGACAUGCUGUACAGUUAUAUGUCAAUGAGCCCCUCCAUAUGAGCACCCUCGUCAGCGUAGCAGGAGCUUUGCUGGUGGCCUUCCUGCUGCUGAUCUGCGUUUGCGUAUACGCAAUACGCGCGGAGAAGUGCUGCUUUGCCCGAAAGGGCGACUUUAAGCCGUCGGAGAUGGAUGGCCAAAAAGUGGACAUAGAAAAGACAACGACAGGUCCAGGCGGCAUUCCGGCCGACGCCAUCUACACGACGACGCCACGGGGAGGCCACCACGGAGGCAGCCCAGAGGCGAUGAAGCAUCAACCCACAACACUUACAUACAAUGGUAGAAGUAGUUUAGAAGAGUCAAAACCAAAAGCUGAAAACGUCUACUCUGGUCUCGACACGCAACCAGAUAGACCAAAAAGUCGUAUAUUCUCACCUGAUUUCUACGAAUCAGACAAUGACACCGAAAAAGGUUACCACCAAGACAAAUACUAUAGCUUUAGUCGAUAUACUAACCCCAGUACGAAAGACAACUGGUCGUAUGCUUCCACAAUGGCGAUGGGUCCGCAUAGACACUCGCUGCCAAAUGAUAACAAAUAUGCAAGGCGUUCACUUAACAAAAAAUUCAACAAAAAAGACCGCACUCGACCCAGGCCAAAACCGUUACAGUACGAAAAUGAAAAGUACUACGACCAUGUGUUUCCUAAGAGGGAUGGUAGAAUAAGCGCGGAUAUCUUCUACCAACCUAGUAGUUUAGAACAUGCCGAAUUGUAAAUAAAAUGUUAGCAUAUCGUUUUGCGUAAGAUUUUUAAUCAAGUGUUUAAUAAAAAUAAAGAAUAAACUUAUGAAAUAUUUCAAAAUGCUACUUCUAUAUGUUUAUAACAGAUUACAAACAAAAAAAUCUUACUGAAAAUGAUAUCGAUGGCUUUGGAUUUCAAAAUCUUGCCCCACUUUCUAAUCAAAAUAUUCUAGACAAACUAAGUUUGAGCAACACUUUGGGAAUUAAAGGAGAAAGAAAUCCAAGCUACAAGAGAUUAAAUUGUUGUAUGUACAUUUCCAUUUAUUUUGUAAAUAAACGUGUAUAACAAACGUUGCAUGAUUAAUAUGUGCAUAUUAUUUCCUGCAUAUAAAUUUCUAGUUUAGCAAUUCAAAAAUUUAUAUGAAGGAAAGCAUUACCAAAGACUAACUAAUAAUAUAUUCUAUGAUCUUUCUUAUUAACAUUCGUUUGCUUGCUUGUUUUAACACAUCGAUAUAACUAAAUUUAUGAUGCGAGAUGUAUCACGAACAAAGUGAUCAUACUUUUUACAAUACGUUUAAAGUUGUGUGUUAGCUGAAAUAAUUUUAUAUAAGUUUUUAGUUUUUACUAUAUGAAAUUAUCUAUGAAUUAUACUAGAGAAG